CAGAUGACACAGGCUCUGUCAUGUGAUCAGCUGUGUCCAGCUGACAGCAUGUGAAGAGAGGAGAGCCAGUAAGUGGCAUUCCUCAGAGGGGACAUCUACACUGAUCAUCAGGGCACUGAUGAUCAGUGCCCUGAUGAUCAGUGUAGCCCCAUCAGUGCCACCUGUCAGUGCCCAUCAAUGCCACAUACCAGUGCCCAUCAGUGCACAUCAAUGCCACAUAUCAGUGCCCAUGAGAGCUGCCUUUCAGUGCCAACUAUCAGUGCUGCCAAUCAGUUCCAGUCAGUGCCGCCUAACAGUUCCAAUCAGUGCCGCCUAACAGUUCCAAUCAGUGCCGCCUAUGAGUGCCAUAUAUGAGUGCUGCCUUUCAGUGCCCAUCAGUGAUGCCUGUCAGUGCCCACCAGUGAUG